GAAAGAAAUCUGGCCACAACUGCAAACGAAAGUUAUAGCAUUGAACACCCUACAAAAAUUGUUUCAUUUCCAUUUAUUCCAGUUUUUAGGGCAUGAUCUAAAUAUUUAUUGGGAGUUAUUAGUAGUAUGCAAUAAGAUGGCAGAAAUUGAGUUGUCUAAAGCAUUGCGUGACUUACCGAAUCGAGUCCUGUCAGCUACAUGUGAUGAGAGAACAGUUUUGUUUCAAAACGUGACAACUGUGCUGAGUAAUCCUGGUAUUAAUGCGUCUAUUGUGAAAGGCUUAUGUAAAGUAAUUGGAACAACUUUGACCAAAUACAAGGAUACGCCAUCACAAAUUCUUGUUAGAAAUUUAAUUGUGGAUAUCGUAAAGCAACAUCAUGACGUGGCUACUGAAAGUCUUAGCUCUGUAGUUAAAACUGUUUUAAACAAAGAAAUUUUAGUUUUGACCCCUCAAAAGUCGGCAAAGUAUUCACUUAUUGCUUUAGGAUGGACUGAUUUAAUUAUAAGAAAUGGGGAUUUUCAUUCGAACAUAUUUAAAACCGAAUAUUCUAAGUUGGUAGAAUACCAAAGUCAAUUGUAUCAUCAUAUAUUUCUUUCCCACAAUAUGCGAAUAAUAGAAAUGACUGAGAAAUUACUAUUUGAGUCCUGGAUAAAUGCAGAAAAUUACAUACUAUGCUCGUCCACAAUUUUAUUAAAGGAACCUUCAUUUAACAUUAUCAACUUUCUAAUGCUAUUUUUACGAUUUGAAAACAUCAAAGGACAAGAAAAAUAUGUACUAAAAAAGCACAAAUCAGAGCUACUUGAUCACUUUAUCAAAAGUAUUAUUAUAAAUAAAACACGGCCCCAAACUUCAAUUGUAAUAGGGUGUGAGCCAUUAUUAAAAAUAAUUACACAAAAGGAAUUUGAAGAAGUGAUACAUCCGGUUUUACUUAAAAGCAUAUUAAGGAGCCCUGAAAUGGCAAUACGUGUGAUGGGAUUAAUUUUUCACCAAUUAAAUAUAGACUUGAGGGAAUAUGCCUCAUCAUUAGAAAGGUGCUGUAUACAUUAUAUUGUAAGGAUGACAUAGUGAGAAGAGAAUCUUUAGAAACUCUGAAGGAAUUAUCGCUUAGAUGUACCACUGUUGAGUCGGUUGAGUAUUUACUGAACGGAAUUUUCGAUACUCUUAAUGGACACAAUGGUAAAAUAACAGUAGCGGAGUACAGAAUACAUCUGAUUCAGGGCGCAGGAUACUUAAGUUGCAACGCAAUUUCUGAGGAGGAAACCUCAAUUGUACUACAUCUCGCUAUGGAACUUUUUUCGAAGGCACUUCAAACCGAAAUUCAAGAAAGAGUUAUAUGCUGCACCUUAGAUAUGUUUAGCUUGUGGAUGCUAAAAUUUAUUGGUGAAUUACCUAAAUCAAUCAUCGAUAUCUUUAAAAGAGGGUUGGAUCUAAAAACAACUACGCAAACAGUAAGAAUAUCAUAUCUUCAAUGGUUUUUAGCUGGUCUUAACAAUGCAAAAUUGCACCAUGAUCUUAACUUGACACCCCUACUUAUAAAAAUAGUAGAGAGAGGGUUACAAAGCCCUCUUCAAAUUUCACUUGUAUGCGAAUCGGUUUGCGCUGCUUGCAUCAUAAUACAAACAAUUAAAAUAACUAGUGAUCCUAUAUUUGGAAGUUUUUGGAGCACUAUAUUUGACAUGAAUAAGCAGAUAUUUUUUUCCGAACGAUUCAUGGCAGCUGCGCCCCCUGAAACAUUAUGCUACGUAUCAUUAAUGGCUGAAAAAUUAUUAACGCAAUACUCUGAUAAACUUAAAGGCCCAUUGAAUGUUCUAUUCAAGGCUCUUGUUUGUAAUUUGAUAUCAAAUUCCGAAAAACUCAGAACAUAUACUUUGAGUUUACUUCCAAGAUUGAUGAAUGCCAAUGGGGGUGUAGACUAUAUUAACAAAAUUAUGAUCGAACUUGAAAAUCAGAUCGAUAAUAUUAAAUUCAGUAACGAUUAUGAUGGUCAUCACGAAGAAAAUCUUGCUACUAAAAACAUCUUAGUAGAAAUAAUGCAAAGUAUAUGUAACUUUGAACAAAUUCCUGAUGAAGCUAAAAAACUAGCUUUGCAGUCUCUACUUAUAUGUCAUCAUCCUGGUGUGUUUUGUAACAAUUCGGUUUUGUGGGAAACCAUUUUAAAAAGCAAGUUUAAUUUUGAUCCAGAAAUAUUUGUUUCGGUUAAUGCUAAAGAAAUUACAAAUAUAAUAAUGGAUAACUUUCAAUUGAAAAAAACCUAUGAAAAUUCUAUUUCUACAAUUGUUCGGCUAAGUGCUGGGAAAUUAUUAUCAACGCUAAUGCAAAAAAUUAUAACCGAUUUAAUAAGUGUUGAAAGUAGUGAUAUUACUGAAGAGGAAUACUAUUUAUAUCUAACACCAAAACGAGAGAUAUUCGAUGAGACAGCUAUUAAAAGUGAUAUAUAUUCUGCAACUGGACACGCGCGAGACAACAAACAUCAAAAUGAAAAAACAAUUAGUAGUGAAAGUGAGAAAAAACGAUAUAAGGCAAAAGCAAAUCUUUCCGAACUUUCACAAAAACAACAAGAGGUUAUUAAAAAUCAGAUUGAGAAAGAAAACUAUACGAAAGAUCGUGUUGGCAUUCUCGAUAAAAAGUUAAAAAAUGCCAUAUCUAUGUUAGAAGCGGCAUUCGCAGGAAAUCCUAAAGCAGUUUCAUUACAUUUUCAUAAGUUAUUAAUGCAACUAUUAAAGUUACUUACAUGUCCAAUCGCAGCU